CACUCACAGGUUGCCAGUCGUAACCAGCCCGGCAUCGAGAGACCGCCAGUGGUAGGGAACCCCGGGAGAGGCGAGGAACGGUCUUUCUACGUUCGUGUGUUCGUGCGCCACCAAAGUGUUGGUCGGAGGAGGAGGUAGUAGUAGUAGUAGUAUCCAUCCCGCAACACCUCUCCCGAGAGCGAAAGAGUUUCUCUGCGCAGUUCUGCGUUGAGGGUUGAGAAUUUCACUUGAAACCGUCGAGUCGCGUCCGUUAAUGUGAAGGGAAAUAGUCGGAAAAAAUCUAUACAGAAGCGAGUGCCAGAGGAUUUUUAAAUAGUACUAUAUUUACACGUUCGAUUAUCGCAAUCGAAGCGCCCAGACUCCUUAGAGUGUCGGUUUCGUCAUCACCAUGAGUAUACUGAAGAAGUGCUGCUGCUGUUGCCUGGACCUGCGAGCGGGCUCCCUGGCCAUCGGGGUCAUCUCUUUCCUGUUCAUCGGCGUGGUUCAACUGGUGGUGGCCAUCUACUGCCUCCUAAAUGUCGAGGAAACUCGAAAAAGGAUUAAAUUCGAAAAUGCUGUUACGUUCGGUAUCAUUGAUCCUGAAUCUGAUGCUGCUGCAUACAUCUUCUUCUCGAUUCUUCUGUUGGUGGCUCUUCUCUACAUAAUAGCAGCUCUGGUCCUGAUUCAUGGCGUUAGAACAAAACGACGAUUCCUGUUGCUCCCCUGGGUGUUCUUCACCUUCCUGAACAUGAUUAUGGCCUUCUCCGGGGGGAUCCUGACCCUCAUCAACUCCCACGGAUACGCCCUCAACAUCAUCGUCGGCGUCAUCGUCCUCUGCAUCUCCAUGACGUGGAUCUACUUCACCUGUGUCGUCUUCAGCUUCUUCCAGGCUUUGCAAGACGGAGACUACUGGUGAUUCUUCCAAAUUUCUUCGCCCCUUCAAGCUCUCUCUCGAGGCAGACUAAAACAAACGACAUCAUCGGCCCUACGUCUCUCUUUUUCCUGUUCAUCUUUUUUUUUUUUUUUUUUUUAUCCGAUAUUUUUCUAUUCGUUGCCUUAGCGAAGUCUCCAAUCCACCUCGUCCAGGAGCGACAAAUAAGUGAGCGAGUUAUCAGUCCUUAAAGAGUAAUGCUUUAGUUUGGUUAAUAAGGAAUAAGAUUGCAGAGGAAAGCAAAACUCUGUCCCAAAGUAAUGAGAAAGGGCCAAAAAUACUGCUGGUUUCUGACAAGGUUUACCAAGACACACCUUAGUUUCUGAUGCAUUGCCGUAAAACACGUGUAAGCAGCAGUUCCGGAUUGUUCGUUUUCUUAAAAGGCGAAUAAUAAUAUUUCUAACCGGAGAGCAGUCACAAAUUUUCAACCAAUACUGUACGAAUUACAAAAUUGAACCAUAGUUUUCAACUGAUGGGAACAUUUCAAUAUUUUGCUCAUGAUUCACUUAUAAUUUUGUUAUUUGAUUAUUCGAUAAUGAAAUGAAAAUAAUUCUCUUUGUUCCGCAUCAGGCCAAAAUAGGAAUUUUAAAAUAAAACAAGCGUAAUAAAAGAAAAAA